AUGCUUUUUCAAUAAAUUACAUUUUUCAAAUUAACAUCCUUUGUCUUUUUUCAGUCUUCAGAACCUUACAAAAAUGGCUCAAAAGACACAGGCAAAUGCUGCUGUCCCAAGGAAACAGGAUUUCAACAGAGGUCAUUUGGGAUCAAACAAUUUUUCAAUAGGACAUGACUUCUCUGUCACAAAGAGUACUCUUCAGAGUGUCUUCAAGAAAGAUUUUCCUGAGCAUGGGACAUACGGCCGUGCUGACCUGGCAAAACCACCCCGAUUAGGUGAUGUGAUGCAUAUAGAUGAUCGAUUCAAUGAAAGAGCAUCAGAAACAGUAAAAGCUUUUGAGUAUCAAUCGAUACCUAAACCUGUCUUACUGGACGUGGCAAAUAAACUGAGCCAUACAAACUUUAAGAUGGAUUCUGACACCAGCAAAAUCAACUCUUUCCAUACUACUCACAACCAUUUCUUCAAGCCGAAAAUGGGAGAUACAUUUUCUCCACUGCAACAAAUCCAGACAACUCAAGUAAGCAGUGUCCCUCAAGGGGAUAGGGAGAAAGCUGAGAAGCCAAUAUCUGACUACAAGUACAAGUUCACAGGGAUUGAUACUACCAAGAACAGAGUAGAAAGAGCACGGUGCAUGCAUGAUGAUGGACCACCGACAAUUAAGGGAGACAAUCGUUUAGGACAUUUCACCUCUGUUUCAAGAACACAGUUUCAAGGCGACUGGGCCCCCAAAGUGCCCAUUUUACCUGUGCCACCGAGUUACAACGUUCCAGUUGGGGAUCCUGACAAAGAGAAGACAAAGUGGUCUGUGAUGCAAAGCUCCUACGAUGACUACACUGAUGCUCUGAAAAGCCAUACUCCUUUUGAUACACAAGGAGUCAGCAGCAAACUAAGAAAAACGAACUACAAAGAAAGAGAUGGACAUGGGGUCUGGGAUAGCUAUGAGACAACAAUGACAUCAGCCUUCCCUGCAAAGACUGUGGAUUUGUCGAGAUCAUCACCAUCGAAGCACAGAAAUGAGAGUGACUUUCCCCCUGGAGACCGUGAGGCCAUCAGAGAUAAAGAGAGAAUGAGUCUCACCACAAGCCGAUUUUACCAUGGAAGUCCAGCACUAGGCCUUCACAACAGGAUUGUAUCUGGAGCAAACAGACGAACACAAAGCAACGUGUGGUUUGGGGAUCCAGACCUGGACAAACGUUACUACAGUACCUCCACCAAGGAAGUUUUCCAGCCGAAAAGGGUGCCCUACUCAUAUGACCGACAAAGCCACUACAUCCCAAGCUCAAUUCCAAUUGAUUACUGCAGAAACAGCAUGACCUAUGAAGCUACCACCUCAACCGACUUUCCAGAUCCAAGGCAAGAAAGGAUGGUUCCAAAUGCCAAGGCUCUGGAAAGUCUUCAAAGUUCCCACAUCAAGCCACCCCAGAAGCAUAUGACAUUCAAUACGACCCAUCAAGAUGAGUUCGUCCCGAAACCGCUACAGAAUUUUGUCUACGACUCUGGACGACUGCAGCGUAGUUCUGUCCCACUGGGAACUAUGGCUAUCUGAUGAAGGAGUCAGUAAUACACCGUCUUAUGACCAGUACUUGAUACUUUCGAAUUGUAGACUGUCCACAAAAGAAAAAUUCUAUUCGAUAGAUUGUGGUACAAAACUGUCAAGUCAUAGCUGGCUCCAUAGUUGAAGUUGAAACAAAAUAAAAAUAAAAAUCUACAGCUACGUACUACCCUUGAUGUAUGCAAAGAGGACACGCACCUAGAAAGAUACAAGGGGUUUCAACACCUCUUCACAUUAACUUUUGCAUCCAGAUUUCAGAAUUACCACCACACAGCAAUUUAUUGCUCAUAUUACAUCCCUUUAAACUAAAAUAAAACUUUCCAAAUAGUUGACUACGUGCCUCUGUAUGCAAAUAAAAGAUUAAGUGCUAUUUGACUUACUUGGUUGUUUACAGUAUUAUUAUAGUUAUGGGCCUACUCAUAUUUUUAAAAAAAUAUAAAAUAAGGCCAACUAGUAUUACUGUGAAAUGUGUAUUGCAUUGAGCACUUUCCAAGUGGAAUGAUUUCUAUAUUAUUAGGGAGCAACUAUUCUUUAUUCACUUAUUUUUAUCAUGUUGAAUCUCUCAGAAUUGUAUCUGAAGGCGUCCAUUACAUUGUACUUUGUGAAGCCAUUUUGCUUUGAAUACUCCUUUAUAUGUGUAAAUAUUAUAUAAUUAUAUAUGUAUGCAAAGUCAGUAUUAUUAUCAAGAUUUUCAGCUGAUUUUCAGAUAAGCUACCAAAAAAAAAGUCAUAUUCUAUAUUAUAUGUGGUAUUAUGUCAUUUCUCAAUACUCAAAGCACAGGAAACUGACAGUUAUUAUGUCAUUAUGAUAUUACGAGUUUAAAGACAGUAUUUUCCUGGUGGAAGCACUAAAGAGAAUAACAAAAUGGCAUGGAGAGCUCCACUGAUUCAAGCCAAUGAUAUGACUUUGAUAUAAUUCAUUGCAUAAUUUAAAAGAAGUACUUUUACAAAAAUAUAGCAUUUGUUAAUGUUAUACCAUUAGUAUUCGUCUUACUUUUAGACAAAAGUCUGGAUAACUGUGGUUUACAGUCAAAAUGUAACUAAAUAGGGCUUCAUUGGCAUUAAUGUGUGCACAAAUCAUUUUCAGUUUGUUCACAAUAGGUGUAAUAUAAAUGCGAACAGUAAAUUUUUAUGUCAAGUAAAAUAAUUCUGAGGCAUCGUGGCGAAAUCAGGUGCUCGUCAAAAUAAUAAGAUCGGAGAAUCAGGUAUUUUUCCACGAGUUUGGACAUUUUAUUCGAAAUUUUAAUUAAAUAUCGCUUAACCUCUUUUAUGUCCAUAUAAAAACACAUUUCCAUGAGCAUUUUACUGAAA